CUCUCUCUCUCUCUCUCACAUUCUGAGAUCUGUAGGGUAGAAGAUUCAUCCCGUUAGAUCUCUCUCUCUGGCAUACACAGUUUCGAUAGAUACAUUUAGAAAUGGGGGCGUAUAGAGCGGACGAUGAUUACGACUACUUGUUCAAGGUGGUUCUGAUCGGUGACUCAGGUGUCGGAAAAUCCAACCUUCUCUCCAGAUUCACGAGAAACGAGUUCAGCCUCGAGUCCAAAUCCACAAUUGGAGUCGAAUUCGCCACUCGCAGCAUUCGCGUCGACGACAAGGUCGUCAAGGCUCAGAUUUGGGACACAGCUGGUCAAGAACGAUACCGUGCAAUCACAAGUGCAUACUACCGAGGAGCUGUUGGCGCAUUGCUUGUGUAUGAUGUUACUCGACAUGUCACAUUUGAGAAUGUUGAGAGAUGGUUGAAGGAGCUCCGAGAUCAUACAGAUUCAAACAUUGUGAUCAUGCUUGUUGGAAACAAGGCAGAUUUACGUCACUUGCGUGCUGUUUCCACCGAGGAUGCCAAGGCAUUUGCUGAGAGGGAGAGCACUUUUUUUAUGGAAACAUCUGCUCUGGAGUCCAUGAAUGUGGAAAAUGCCUUCACCGAAGUGCUUACUCAGAUAUAUCGUGUUGUAAGCCGGAAAGCUCUUGACGUUGGUGAUGACCCUGCGGCUUUGCCCAAGGGACAAACCAUUAAUGUUGGCACCAAGGAUGACGUGUCAGCUGUGAAAAAGGUUGGUUGCUGUUCUGCUUAGAAAAGAGGAUGAUCCAGUGGUAAAGUACAGUUUCUCCUCUAAGAUUUCCAAUUCUAGGUGGCAGCGGUACUUUUUCAGAUGUAUCAGAGUGGUAAACACACAUGGAUUGUUGUGUGAACAAUGAUUUUGUGUUAAAGGAUACCAUGGUCUGUAUUUGACCAAAACCACAACGUCAACGAUCUGAUUUAUUUUCACUGCAUAUGUUCCUCAUUUUUACUCGGUGUAUGAUCGUAGUUCUUAGCUAUCCUUUAGGUUAGGUUAUAUUUGGUUGCUCAGGACUAGAAUUUGGUUAUGCCUUAUGACACUUUCCUCUCCCUUAGUACCCUCUAAUGAUAUUGAUUUGAUUGGUUGUUCACCAUGGAUGAAGAAAUGUUUGUUUCAUUCUUUCCAAUUGUAGUUGAAUGCUGCGUUCAUC